UUGGCGUGACACCACCCUCGUGUUUGGACAUUACCACAGACAUAACAAAGCAGUGUGGUCUUUAAGUCUGCGUUAGUCUCUCCGUUUAUACUAAUUCGUCUAUCGUGUGACAAACUACACGUUAUUCAUUCUUUGUCCAAGUAUAAACUCGGCUCGUCUCCGUGAACUUUGCAGCUUCUCUGGUUAGCUUAGCUUGCUAGCUGCUAACAUAGAGACGCAGAAGUGAUCAACACGUCGCUAACUAGAGGUCAAGUGUGAGUGUAAAGUGUUGUGAUUGUGUGAAAAUGUGCGAAAGAAGGAUAGCAGAGUACGAGGAGGAACUUCCUCGAACAAAAGACGAGAAGGAGCGACAACGUCAACUACUGGAUGCUGUUUGCAAGAAGCCUCAAGUUGAGUUGCACAAAGCAGACGUCCAGCAGCUGAUUGGUCAUCAAGAAGAACCUCUCUCUUUGUUGCUGAAGGUGAGCUCUCCUUUCAAGCAGGAGGAUCCACAGCCCCCCCACAUUAAAGAGGAAGAGGAGGAACUCUGCAUCACUCAGGAGGGAGAGUGUCUUCUAGGGCAGGAACAGGCUGAUCUCACCAACUUUCCACUGAUUGUUGUCUCUGUGAAGACUGAAGACCAUGAAGACAAACCACCUGAGUCCUCACAGCUUCAUCACAGUCCAAGUGAGGAGAAGAGAGAGGUGGAGCCUCCAAGCAGCAGCUCACCACAACACAUGACAACAGAAGGUGAUGGAGACCACAGUGGAGGAUCACAAGCAGACAACCUCUUAGCUCCACUGUCAGAUAGUGACGACUCAACGUCACACGUUAAUGUAAAUAUGGAAUCCCACAUAAAAACACAUACAGGGAAAAAAACUUUAAUUUGUUCAGUUUGCGGUAAAUUAUCCUCCCAAAAACGUAAUAUGCAAAUACACAUGAGAACACAUACAGGAGAAAAACCUUUCAGUUGUUCAGUUUGCGCUAAACCCUUUGUUACAAACUCUGAUUUGACUCGGCACAUGCGGACACACACCGGAGAAAAACCUUUCAUCUGCUCAAACUGUGGCAGAAAGUUUUCUCAAAGGGUAAGCAUGUUGUCACACAUGAGGACACACACAGGAGAAAAACCUUUCAGGUGUUCCGUUUGCGGAAAUUUAUUUUCAGAAAAACAUAAUAUGCAAAUACACAUGAGAAGACACCAAGGAGAAAAACCUUUCAGUUGUUCACUUUGCGUUAAGAUAUUCUCCGAAAAACAUACCAUGCAAAUACACAUGAGAAGACAUAGAGGAGAAAAACCUUUCAGUUGUACAGUUUGUGCAAAAAACUUUGUGGCGCAGUCUGACUUGACUCGACACAUGCGGACACACUCUGGAGAAAAACCUUACAUUUGCUCAAACUGUGGCAAAAAGUUUUCCCGAAAGGGAAGGAUGCUGUCACACAUGAGAACACACACAGGAGAAAAACCUUUUAGUUGUUCAGUGUGCGGCAAAAGAUACACUGACAAAAAUAUAUUGCAAAGACACGUGAGAACACACGCAGGAGAAUAACUUUUCCUUUUCAGAAAGACCUCUUUGAAUGGACUUUUGCAGAGUCACUAAUGGUCUACUGCAGGGCUUCUCUAAAGUCUGUACUGUGUUCCAGAUCCAGACCAAGACUUAGUCUGGACCCAGCCGGGAUCCAGCCAGCCUACCACAUGUUAUGAAUUACAAAACACUAAGUUUCUUUUAGGUACUGGUUGAAAAAAUUAAAUUUGAUUCAGAAGAUCCUUUAAGGGUGGAACUGCACUUUUUACGGGAUUUUGCCUAUCAUUCACAAUCCGUAUGUGAGACAAGGCCACAUAUGUCCUGGUGUCCGAGGACAUACUCUCAGUUUGUUGGAGGUGUGGUGUGUUUACUGACAAAGCAUGCCUUAAACACCUGGCAAACAACACAAAUAAAAGUAGCAACUUAAACUAUCCAAAUGUACAAAGCAAAGAAUCUACUCAUUCAAAUCAAUAAAAUGAAGCACGUGAUUUGACAGCGGCAUGUCUGAAUUGGUCACAACAAAAUGGCUCCCGCAUCUCAAUACCAAAUACUAUAAA